UCGAUUACGGGAUCACUCCAGCUUCCGGCGAUGUGUUUGACGAGCUCCACCGGGGAAAAUUGCUCCGUCAGGAGACGACCGUCCGGCAGCUUUGGCCGAGUAUACCAGGGUAAAUUUCAGCCGAAGGAGGCAAGCGCGGCCACGACCUUGACCUACGGGGUUGUUCGCGCGCCGGCGUCGCGUCCCUUCUCGCCGUCUCACUCAACUCCAUGGCAAUAUCCAGUUGUGUAUAUAGGAGAGCCGAUGGGUAGUGAGCUUUUGCUCCCGCGUGCCGGCGAACGCGCUUUCGAAAUACGAGAGUUCUGACAUAAAAGCCUCAACCCUAGUAUCCCACCUCCUCCCCCAGCCCCAACCCUCACCGCUGUUUGUCCCAAGACGCGUCCCGGUGGUGGGGUGCCCGGUUGGAUCGCCUGGAUCACCGACGCGUUGCGAUCCCUCAGUUGGCCGCGACUCUGCGAUCGCGUUGGGUGAAUAUAAAUUACUGUAUUAAAUCGCGAUUGGUGUUGAUCAGUCGGAAUUGAUUUUUAUUUACUGAGAAUCAUUGAGGGAAGUGAUAGAAUUUUUUAUCUUGUGUUUUAAGGGGUCACGAGGGCCAUGAGGCUUUGGAUUCAGACAUGCAGAAGCCGUUGAGAGAGCUGAGCCGGCUGUGCCUGGGUACGAGCAGUCACAAUAAUUCAGUGGUUGUCACUGCUGAUGUUGUCUGCACGGAGCCACCGAGUGGUCUGCCUCUACUGCAGGUCUGGCCCAGUGAUUCACCCAGAGGUGAGGCUGACGGACAGGCUUUCAUCUUCCCUGACGCCCCCGACAGUGUCAAUGAUAGUGGAAUAGAGUCAAUCCAGGCAUCACCAUCUCCAUGCGGUGUCGCCUGCACCAGCACAACCGCCAGUCCUCAGCAGUCCCGUCGCCCGAGUCUGCUGCAUCCAGACCAUGCGCGCCUGCACCUGCAUCAUCUCCAUCACAAUCACCACGCGGUAUCGAGAUCACCUCCAUCGCCAGACAGAACGUCCAUCGAUGAAGAGCCACCCCCUGCCCCACCCAGCCCUUCCAGCUCAACGACAAGCAGCCUGAGGUCUAUGCCAAGUUCGGCGAUUGCAUCGGUUCAUUCAUCUCAUGACAGGCGACGCAGUAGCAGGUACUCAAUGUUCGAUGCGCUGGACCUGGAAUACGCCCUUCUGCGAGCGGCAGCCCGGGGCUCGGUGGGUCCCUAUUCACUAUCCGAGUCUCUCCACAAGCUGACGUUCACCCAGAGCCUGGCCUUUCCCGCAUUAGCCCGUGGAUUAGCUUCAAAACAAAGUGUCCCAACAAGACGUCCUCAGCAACACUCAGAGAGCGGUUUGAAUGCAUUUGCAAAGGUCGUCACCGCAGUUGUACUCAUGUUAGUGAGCGUUCUUGUGUUUGGGGUCGUGUACAAAUUUGUGAGGACGUGAGGAUGGCUACUGGCACCCGGACGACAGUAUGACUCACCACAGGACAUUAGGAGAGUUGACGAUCCAGUUGUCUCGGGUGCCAGUGAUCUGUUUCAAGUGGACACGUGAGUGUCUAUUAAGUUUAAAGGAAAUGGAAUAUUUGGAAAUCCGUGAGUUGUAUAUGGGCAAAUGAACAUGGAAAAGUGUACACGUGUGUGAUGAAAUGUUUUCUCUCAGAGAUGUGGUAUCGACUUCAUUCUGUCGAAUGACGGCUUACAAACCUGUCAUUAUCUACACGGAGAGAAAUUGUUCAGUCAAAUUAUCCUACCGUUUUAUCCAAAUCGUUAAUUUUUAGUCUACGUUAUACUGAUUUUAUCCUGACGCAUAUUAAAUUCUAAUUGAAUUUUAAAUUUUACCCUGUCAAUAGAGUAAUUUUGAUCGUUAUCGAGGUAAAAUUUCUUUAUCCUCCUUUCGAACCUCGAGACAGAAAGGUGGAAAUGAUGAGUCAUGAUAGACUUUCACAGAAUGAUAGGACAAUUUUUAUUAAAAAUUUCUCUCCGUGUGGAUUCAUCUGAAUAUUUUUUUACUGCCAGAAAUGCAGUUGAGUUUUCACUGAAAUCCCGCGGGAAUUCCAUAGCAUUAAACAAUGAAGUCAAAAUGUCAAUGCAAUCAAACAAGUUCCACUGCAAUAUUUUUGGUAGGUCCCUUUGUUAUUCCUCGUUAAAAAAAAUUUCAAAAAGCCAUUGAAUCCCCCGAAAUCCCGCAAAAAGUCCUUUAUCUAUUCACCUCUCCUCAAUUCUAUGGAAAUAUUCUCAGAAUAAACUCCAAUUUGUUUUCUCCUGCUCGGUUUCCACCACCUCCCCCAGGGCAUUAUCAUCUCCACCAGUAUCAAGAAAUUUUCCACUUCAAUAUUCCCGGAAACUGAGUUAUUGCAUGUGGAAUUCAACAACUGACACUGAAUAAACAUGAGCAUUAUCUUCGUACAAUUCGGCGCGUUUUCCCUAAGAGAUAUGGAAAAUAAGCCACUAGUGAAUGUAAUGAAAAUUCGUCUCUGAAAAUAUCGACCCCCAGAUAUCCCAAAAUACACUCAUGAUAUUUCAAGACAGUGUACAUUGAAUUCGUGCUUGAGAGAUGAAGCCAGUAAUGAUAGGACGAUAUCGAACGGUAUUUUUGUAAAUCGAUUGAACAGUUAAUUUUUAUCUGAAACUCAAUGUCGUUAUAAAUACGUAACAUACAGAAUCGCGAUGAAAAAAUAUAUAGAAUUGUCGAGAGGCUGGUCCAACACUGGAAAAUCCAGGUCAUAACUGGGUCACGACGAAUGAUAAUAAAACAAAUGAAUAUAAAUUUACAUUGUGAAUCAGAACUUUGUAAAAAUCCAUUCAAGUGUCUCUUUGCUAUUUUCAAAAAUUCCUAAACUAAAAUAAAUUUUUCUUUCACUUUUGUGUACAAAAAUAUCAUAGAACAACUUCGUGAAUUUCGGUGGCCAACUCUAUUGGGUUUCUAUCGAUCUUUCCAUGAGCUAUGAGCUGCGAAAUACUACGGGAAAUAUCUGUAUAGAAAUCAAGAGUUGUCCAGCGAAUUCCCUAAGUUUUCGAGGGACUUUUAUCGCGUGUAUUCUCUUAAAUAACUACAUCUUCGCUCAAUUAAUUACGUCAGUGUCUGUGCGUGUGCACAUAUGAUUGGAAUAUAAGAAUGAUGAAAAAUGCAGAAAUUGUGAGAUUUAAUUAAGUUGUUGAUUGAUUAAUUACUUAAUUAAAUAUUUCUCAUGUUAUUUUCAUUUCUCCCACCCGUGCUCUUCUAUUUUUUUCCUCAUAUUUAUUAAAACACGAGCUAUGAAUCGAGUGUGGGUUAAAAAUAUCCCACAACGGGGGCUGUAAUGUCACCAAGUCACUUCCAGCCCUCACCUCUAGGUCCUUGUAUCGUUUUUUUCCUCUCGUCAUCACGCUCCGCUGGUAAUUUUUUUUGCCAUUACUUUCUUUUUAUAUAACCCCGCCUUAUGUACAUUUCUUCCAUCGCGGAUAUUACAAACAAAUGACAAUCGUUUGGCUCUUCUACCAGUAGAGAUUGUUUACAUUUGUAAGUUACGAUCUUCCCUAAGAAAAAUUUACGCCCGGACUUCUCUUGUAAGAUUACUUGGAAUGAAUUUGUAAUGACUUUCAUUUGUGUGUCGUAUGCGUUUUUUUAUUGAUUGCGCCUGUGAAGGCUUUGGCUUACGGGGAAAUUUGGUGAAAGAGAUGAGAAGAAAGUUUGAGGACUCACGAAACUCAUUAAGAGAUUGUUUCGAAGGGAAUUUCAUGGUGUUUAUAAUUUUGAAACGUAACAGCAGUGCCAACAAUGUCAUUAUGUAUGAAACUGUAUUAUCAGCUCCAGUGAUAACGCAGCUUCGUGCUCCACAUGAAAAUCUCCAGAAGAGUGUAGGUACACGAAGUGACAUCGAUUGUUAAUAACUUGAAAAUGAGAAGAAAAAAAAAUUAUGGGUAACUUGUUGUGAUUAUAAAUAUUCAAACAACCAAAAAUAUCUAACCGAUCAAUCUUACUUCGAACAAACAAGUUAGCAGCUCUGAUGUUCUCUAAACAAUCUUCCAAACUCUCUCCUCAUCUUUGGCACCGCUCUACAAAAUUCAAACCAAAUGCUUAAUUAAUAAAAAUUGUUCGUUCGUGGCUGUGCAUUCUACCACGCAACGAAUUUAUAAAAUUAACCAUUAAAAUAAGCCUCAACUAAGGAAUAAUGUAAAUUGUAAAUAAACUAAAAUUCGUGUAAUUUAAUGGAUGCAAAACAAAGACAACAACCUUCUGCAUUGAAUCCCAAUUAAUUAAUUUAAUGACUCCGAAAUGGAUAAA